UUAUUUUUUCUUCUUCUGAGAUUACAGUUAUUAUUCCUACUAGCAUAGUUUAGAAGUCACCAAUUCAGCCCUCUAAAUAACCCCCCACACGCAGCCUGAAGGCAACCGACAGGAAACGAUAAGCUUUCCCUCACGGCCUUAGCGUCACCCACUGAGGCCGUGGGUUCGUGUGGGGGUUUGUAGUGUUUGUUUUAUUUUUAAUUUUAUUCUUCCUCUGCGUGUUUUAAAUGCUCGCUUUGGGGGAAGGAAGCUGUUCCUUCGCCUUUCCCAGCCCUGAGGGCGGCCGCGCCGCCCCCCCCCCCUCCCUCCCCCGCGCGGCGCCGCCGGGCCGCGCAGUCCACAGCCGAGUUACCGAUCCGCUCGCGCGGCUCCUCACCAAUCGUGACACUGGGGAUCGGCUGUCAAGCCGUCGCCCGACCGCCCCCCUCGCCUCUCGGGUGGUGCGACCCCGCGCCGUCGGGACGGGCGAGGGAGGCAGAGCCAACCAUCGCGGGGCGGGGGGGAGCGCGGCCGGCGGAGUUACGGCGGCGGGCUGGGGCGGAGGGAGGCUCCCCCUAGCGGAGCUGGGCGGGACGGCAAUGGCGGCGGCGGGCGGGGCGCGGGGCCGGCGUGCGGCGGCAGGGUUUAACUCCUGGUUUAAACAUUAAACGUAGUUAAUGCCCUUUAAACACCCAGUGACGCCCCAUAGCUCUUGUUCCCGGAAAGAAAUUACUCCCCGCCCCCCCCUCCCCACCCCGCUUGUUUUUCUUUGCAGCACGCACAGUAGUAACAUGGCGUCGCUUGGAUCAGACAAGGCCUCCGAAUUAUUUUAUACUGGUUGAUGGCACUUUAUUAAAAGCUCUGUGGGGCUGUUGGGCACGCACUGCUUUAAAAACGUGUGCAAUUACAUGUAUCGCCUCCUUAUAAAAUCCAGGCUAACUGAUCUAAAAUGACAAAUUUGGGUUAGGGUUUAAAGCAGGUUCCUUUAUAAAAACCUUUAAAAAAGCGCGAGGGGCUGCGGCGCAGGGGCUGCUGCUCCCACCUGAAGCAGCUGUGCUCGGCGGCCGCCCUUCCGCCGUCACCCGGCGCGCCCCACGCGUGGUACGUGGGGUCUGGCCGUGUUGCCUUCGCGAGAGGCGGUGGUGGUGUGGUACAUCUUGCUCAAACGCACUUGAGGAAUGUGCUUGAAGUGAUUGAUUUCCACCAUGUUCUCACAGUGCUCGCGGGAUCUGUUAAAGAUCACAAAUCGGCAUCUCCGGAGUCUGAAUUUAAAUCUGCGUUUGCAAAACCACAGAAGAGCUUUCAGCAAAUCAGUGCCUGUUUGUCGAAGGAAAGUAGUUGUUACAGGUAUUGGCUUAGUGUCCCCUCUUGGCGUGGGGGCUCAGUUUGUGUGGAAGCGCCUUCUCCAAGGAGCCAGUGGAAUUGCAUCGCUAGACGGGGAAGAAUAUGCAGGUGUCCCGUGUAAAGUGGCUGCUUGUGUGCCAAGGGGAAAUGAGGAGGGUCAGUUCAGUGAAGAAAGCUUUGUGUCGAAGGCAGAGAUGAAAUCCAUGAGUUCUGCCACUGUGAUGGCCAUCGGGGCAGCAGAGCUAGCCAUGAAGGACUCCGGCUGGUCUCCCCAGUCUGAACAGGAUCGCUUAAGUGCCGGUGUGGCGAUUGGGAUGGGAAUGGUUCCGCUGGAAGAAAUUUCUGAUACAGCUGCUUUAUUCAAAACAAAGGGUUAUAACAAGGUCAGCCCGUUUUUUGUCCCAAAGAUUUUAGUCAAUAUGGCAGCAGGCCAGAUCAGCAUUAAAUACCAACUGAAAGGGCCGAAUCAUGCUGUGUCAACUGCUUGUACCACGGGCGCACAUGCUGUUGGAGACUCCUUUAGAUUUAUUGCUGCUGGCGAUGCUGAUGUCAUGUUGGCUGGAGGGACAGAGGCUUGCAUUAGUCCUUUGUCCUUGGCUGGAUUUGCAAGAGCUCGUGCGCUCAGCACGAGUUUUAAUUCAGACCCUAAAAUGGCAUGUCGACCGUUUGAUUCGCAGAGAGAAGGGUUUGUAAUGGGAGAGGGUGCCGCUGUGCUGGUCUUGGAAGAGCAUGAACAUGCUGUACAAAGGGGUGCUAGGAUCUAUGCAGAAGUUUUAGGUUACGGACUGUCUGGCGAUGCUUGCCACAUAACAGCACCUAAUCCAGAGGGAGAUGGGGCAUUCAGGUGUAUGUCUGCAGCAAUAAAAGAUGCUGGGAUCAAACCUGAAGACAUAACAUAUGUCAACGCACAUGCAACUUCUACACCCUUAGGAGAUGCUGCUGAGAAUCAGGCAAUCAAGAGACUUUUUAAAGAUCACUCACGUAAUAUUGCAGUUUCCUCAACAAAAGGAGCAACAGGACAUCUCUUGGGGGCUGCAGGAGCUAUUGAAGCAGCUUUUACUGCCCUGUCCUGUUACCAUGGAAUUUUGCCACCUACUCUAAACUUACAGAAAGCAGAGGCAGAUUUUGAUCUCAAUUAUGUUCCAUUAACAGCUCAGGAGUGGAAUACUGAAAAACGGCGUAUAGCACUCACAAACUCAUUUGGCUUUGGUGGGACUAAUGCAACUUUGUGCUUUGCGAGUGUUUAAUUUACGCUGUGCAUGUUGUGAAAAAUGGCACGGACAGCUUUUUUCUGUAUUGCCACCCUGGGUGUGUCUUGUGAUCUUCUCUCAGCUCUGAGAAUUGCGUGUUUGAUACGUAGUAACUUUAUUCACCCUAACGUUCACAUCAAUAAUUCCUUUAGAAAGGGGGAACUUCUUUUACUCAUUUUAAUAAAAUUAAUGAAAGACCUA